AUGCCAUGUUUAAUGUGUUUAAAGAGUACGAUUCUUUCCAGAUUUGUUCCUUGAUCAAGAACGUUUCCUGAUGAAACGCUACUUCGACUUAGAUAGAAAUUGUGGCUCACAUCGCAGCCAACGGAAUACAUGAAGAAUAAGAAGACAAGGACAUUUGGUACUGCAGCUGACAGUUACAGAACAAUCCUGCGUUUUCAGAACUCAAACGCGGCCAUUCCGCCGCUUCGAAUAUUAUUUACCUUGUGGGUUUUAUGUUGUGGCUUCGUUGCUGCUCAGAGCAAUGACUCGUCGAUUAUUAGUGCAGCUAGAUCAAACUCUACAGGGUCAACUAGUGUUUCAGUGCCCGCUUCUUCUGUCUAUCCUGCGUUGGUAAAUUCAUCCUCCGACAAUGUUAAUAUCACCAGCACCGUUACAUCCCAUUCGUUACGCAACAAGACCAGCAUUCUUAACGUACUUCAUUCUUCUGGCUUUCCUAUUGUUGGUUCAACCGAGCCUAUUACACUGGCAAUUUCUUUCGUUACAACCGCGACACCUAACACGCAAAGCGGCGCGGGAAGUGUGCGUUCGUUGUUCGACGCGUCAUCGUUUUCAAUUCCCGGAUUUACCGAGCCGCUAAUACUGGCAAUGUUUUCGAGAAACCCGUCAUCUCAGGUACAGAGCCAAAGCAACUCCUCAUUGUCGUCAAGUAGCAUUAUCAGUGACUUCGUUUCUUCGGCUCAGUCGAGCUCAGUGGACUUUGGCUUCAGUGCAUAUACAGCGACGCCAUCACUUUCUGUUCAAUCAUCGUCAUAUAUCCCUCCGAAUCAAUCUACAGAUCAGCUCAGUAGUAACACUGUAGUUAUAAAAUCUUCGCCAUCUAAGGGACAAACUGACACCUUUUCGUCCGUUUUCUCAGUUUUUAAAAAAUCGAACACUUUACUUUCGAUGCAAAUAUCGUCGAUCACUGCUCAAAGUACUUCCACAAAAGCUGGAAGCUCGUCAGGCAUUUCUGAGGCUUUGAAACCUGCAUCAACGGCAAAUAGCUCAGCUGACAUUUCGCAUUUGAGGACAACUGCGUUAAGUGAUUCAACUAGCGUCACUGAAAAUUUACAUAGUACUCAACUACACAUUUCUUCUAGAGGAAGGUCCGCUGUAACUCCUUCAUCGCAAACAAUCAGUCGGAUGUAUACUUCAAUUAACGCACAUCUGGAAACCUCGCAAAACAGUUCAGUCACCCACUACUUAUCGAAAACCUCCGACGUCAAAGAAACUGUAUUAUCUUUACUUCCGGGGGGUACCACACCCACAGUGACCGUUCAACACUCUGGGUCCACCUCACCAUCCAUUCAAGAUGCAACAACUAGUAUAAAGCACAUUUCCUCCGUCGACUCAUCCUUCCAACACACAGUCAACGAUUCCUCUGCAAUGGAUUUAUCUUCAUCGAAACGUGAAUCAAACACACCUUUAGGUUCGUUUGAUGGACUAAAUUCCACGAUGACUACCAUGAGCUACACCAGCCCACUGGAAAAUCCUUCAAGUUCAGUUAGUUCAACAUCGCAUUCAUCGAUGCCUCGAGAGACUUCAGCAAUCCAAGCAAGUAAAACACAACUGAGUACAGUGAUAAAUAAUUUACAUGUUUCAUCUUUCAGUUCAGUCGACAGCUCCGAAUCAGCUGGAUUUCCUUCGUCACUCAGAAUUUCUCUGCCAAGCAGCUCUUCUUCAUUCAGUUUAACAGGAAUGGCGUCAAACACUUCUUCGAAAACCUCAGAAACACAUGGUUCACACCUGCAGAAAAAGACAUUUACUAUUUUUGUAACUGCCACGGAAGAGAUGCCUAGCAGAUCUAUUAUUUUGGGAUCAAACACUUCUACUGAGGCUUUAUCAUAUUCCGAUAAUCUUUCAUACACUGCUUCAUUGGAGUCGAAAAGUUUGGUUUCAACCCAACUUGUAGCUAUUAAAACCAAACAGCUUUCUCAUGUCUCCACUGUUGCAUCGCUUGUGUCUUCUAAAAGGAUUAGUUCUGUUUUGACGUCACCGUCUGAGUAUAUCGAACCCUCGAUUUCCGUAACUACAAACAAGAGUACAUUUGCUACUCAAGACUUAAGCGUAGGUUCCACGGCCAUGUUGCAGUCGACACCGUUCGCACCAGCCACAAAAACACGAUUACAAACAGAUGGCUUGACUUCGCUCCCCACUAUGACUUCCCUUCGACGGUCGCCAAGCUCUUUGAAUAUAGUCAGCACCGCUCAUUCAUUGUCGACACAAUCCGUUGGUGAAUCUUCAGCCAACCAUUCCGUGAGAGGGUCAAAUUCUGUUUCAGGUAACAAUUCAUUCGUGGACAGAACUACAACGUCGUCCAAAUUUAAAACCGAGACACCCUUCCUUUCAUCUUCUGGUGACAGGACUGACCUACCAUCAUUGCUUCAAAGUACUACCUUGAGAACAAUUUCGACGCAGAUUUCGUCCUCUCUUGGUUCUGUUGCUAAUUCAAACAACACAACUGAUAGUCGAACGAUUUCUGUAUCUUAUGACCCAUCCAGAUCGUACCCUAGUCAGGAUUUACUUCAUUCCACGUCAAAACAUUUGGAAAAUGCUACCUCACUAUAUGCUGACUCCGCAACUGCGUCACUUAGAACAUCACCUGCUUUUCCCGUAUCAAAUAAAAUUCACACAGUGACUUUAAUUGAAUCUUCAUUAUCUCCAACGGAACUCUUUUCAAACAAAACCUCCUCGGUGAUCGGAUCAAAGUCACUUAGUGGAAACUCGAGCGAGUUGUCAAUAAUAAGGACGUCGUUCUCAGUAGUAGAAUUAUCUUCAGAGAUCCUUCCAACUCUACCACUGUCGGUAACUGUUUCUUUUUCAAAGUCAGAUUCUGUUGUUUCCGAACUGAUAUCUCAAAAUCUGUCCUCUCUCCUUGAUUCCUCUCCGUCUUCCAGUUCAAACGUAAAGCAAACUUCUAGCAAGAAGCAAGAGGUAACAUUGGUCACCAUAGCAGAGACCUCGUCAAGGACCACAAACCAAUCGGUUUCAGUGCAUGAGAGUUCGUCUUAUUUACAUGUAAUAUCAAGCUUUACGACCAGAACGCUGUCUACUUCACACGCGCGUCUAUCAAUAGCAACUCUUCCAUUUGGAAAUUCUACUCCAGCAAGUUCGUUUCCCCCUCCAGGAUCUUCCUCUUCCUUGGUUGCAGUCUCCAAAUCGACAUCUGUCAAUUCAUCAAGGGGCUCUGAACUGGCUCUUCCGUCUUCAUCAAAAACGCCAAUGGCAUCUUUAAAAACGCAAAACUCAUCGUUAUUUUCCGCCCUAACAUCAUCAGCUACCGAACGUAUUACUUCCAGCUUAGAAACUGUCUUAAAAACCUCCGGGAAGCUUGCCUCGAAUUCAAAACUGCAGCCAACACCAUAUUCAACGCAAACAGUCUCAUUGUACACAAAGAUGGCUUUGGUUAAUUCCACGAUGAAUCCAUCACUUCACAGUCAUUUUUCGAGUGACCUUCUUAUGGUGACGAUAAGUUCGACAGUGAUUAUGUCAUCCACGCAACAAGUAAGCGAGCAUCUGUCGCAAACAAAGAGCUUGAAAACAUUCUCGCCUCAGGAGCCAUCAGAAACAUCAACAUCAUCUACUAAUGCAUCAUUAAUACUUUCAACUUACCUUAAUUUAUCAAACACAGUUCUCGAGUACACAUCGAGUAAAAGUACAGGGCUAACUGUGUCCGCAUCAUUCAGUCUGCAGCAGAGUGGGUUGUUGUCGCAAAUCUCGAGUUUGGAGGCCUCGCGCAGCCUGCAAGUUUUAACAACAGAGGUAACUCUCAAUAUGUCAGAAAUAUCUGCCUCUCGAAUCCAAUCACUGAGCGAAGUUUCAGUUAUUCAGACAAGUUAUUCUGUGUUACCAUCUGCACCCUCACAAGUUACUACAGAACCUAACAAGUCACUGACACAAAUAAGAAGUCUAGAAACGUCACAAACUGAGCGGUUGACGCUUGUUAAUACAUCAGUAAGAUCCUCACAAGUCCAGACAUUUAGUAAUUUUCUUGUCACAAGCUUUACGGCGCUGUCCUCAGCCUCCAAAACAACAAUCUCAAGUCUUUCAAGCGAGGGAAGGCCUGUUAAUACUACCAAGAGUUCUGUAGAGAAAUCGAGAGCAACUCCAGCACUCAGUGUCUCUUUCCAAAGUGUACCACCGACACAAACUACACGUUUAGCUGCGUCACAAACUUCAAAGUAUACAGCAGUGACAUCUAUGAAUGUGUCAGCUACGCCUUCCUCUAAAGGAAAUCUUUCAAGCGAAUUUUUAGUGAUAACCACUAGUCCACAUGUAUUAGAAUCAUCACUUACAGACCAAAGCACUUCGUUGACGCAUGCCUCCUCUAGACUAGAAACUCCGCAGAAUUUAACUUUUACUUCACGGAGCAUGCAAAACUCGCUAACACUAACAAUGGCGUCAUUAGACGUGGCAACCACAGCCUCGAGCCAACUAAAUAUUUCGAGCAAUAUCUCGAUUUUCUCUGCAAGCGACACAGAAACCUCGACUCUAAUAAAGCCUUCCCCCACAGAACAAUUUGUUUCCAGUUCCGUCAUUACGAUACCGUCAGGCGUCUUCGUGCGUUUUGCUGUGAACGUAUCUCUGAGUACAAACAUAAACAAUGAUUCUUUUAAGGCGCAAAUGAAGACAGGAAUUCUUGCAACAUACGAGAACGGCUCUUCCGAUGGAACAUCAGGAAACAUUACGAUAGAGAUCAUCAGUAUCGCGAGAGAACCAAAUGACACUAAAGUGAAUGUUACUUUUAAAGUUGUCAAUGUAAGUGCCAGUGCCGGUGCCGGUGCCAGUGCCAGUGAGCCAGUUCUUGCUUACAACGUUAUUCAAACUAUACUUCGAGCAGAUUUGAGACUGGGGGAAGCCGUUGGAUUUGAGGUUGUAGAGGAACCUGCCAUCUUUUAUCCUCCUUCAACCUCGUCGUUUUCAACCAUGGUGAUGAUGUCAACGCUAUCAAAGUCUUUAAAAUCAAUAAAUUUCACUUCGGUGGCGAGAGAAUCAAGUGCUAAAUCAACCUUUGAGUCAAGCCCACAUUCAACUGUAAACUCCACAUCGAAGGUUUACACGACACCUUUACAGUCUUACUUGGUAACAUCAAUAGACAUCCUACCAAGUACGACUUAUGAAACUAGUACCUUCUUCGGUGUCACAAGCCUAUUGUUGCCAGCAACCUACAUCUCUUCUUCGACCACAAGUCUUCCUUCGUCAGUCUCAUUUGAUGGAAGUUCGACUUCAAACUAUUCAAAAGAACUGACAUUUAUCUCUUCAUCUUCGGUCAUAUUGAACAAAACUUUGUUUACCACUACCUCAAUUUCGUUUCAGUCGGAAAGUUCCAGCUUUCGGGAGACGCCCUAUUUGUCAAGGGUCGAUACAGUUCACCAAAACUCUACAGAUUCGAUUUUUCCAUCAUCAUCAAGGAUCACGUCAAGUCCAACUGUGACUUCAUCCACGUUUAGUGUUCUGUCGCUCACUAGGGUAAAUGCUAGUGCCCAGUCCAACUCAUUUACAACCUCUCCCGUGAAUAGAACAAGAACUUCAGCUGUAACGAGCUUUACUGAAACAGCAAGCUCUGUAAUUCCAGCUUUUACGACGGUUUCAUUGACGCAAGGAGCCUCUGCUUUCAAGAGUAUGAGUUUCAAUGACAGUUCGAUAACAUUGGGCAUAAUUUCUCCGUCCCCCUCGUCUACUGCAGUGAUGUCGAAUACAACGGUGUUUGGAUCAAUGAUAUCUCCGUCCUUGUCUAUUACGGUGAGCGCCAAUUCAACAGUGGUAAUGAUGACCAAAUCGUUGUCGCCGAAAGCAAGUUUACCCACGCAGUCUGCAAUCAGCCAAAACAUAUCAUUUCUUUCUUCGACUCUAGCAACUACGGACGCACAAGUAACAACCUCGUCACAAGGUGCUAUGUCAAAUGACUCAGAAAGCAGCUCUCAGUCAUCAGUCUUUAUUACCAGAAUAUUUACUUCCAGCUAUUCAGUGGGAAAUGCUAGUGAGACCACAUUGCCCAAGUCUUCGGCGAUAAUACCUAGCAGCAGACUAACAACCAUUGCUGUAACCUCCUCGAAAAUGUCCCUUCUAGCGUCAUCAUCCACGAGAUUGCGUAUAAAUUCCAGUCACGUUGAGACACUUGCUAUAGCUUCGAGUAAAAUGUCGUCAACUGCACUCAGCACCAUUAGCUUUCCCCGUCAUUCAACCUCUCCUUCUUCUGUGAUGGGAGCAAGUCAAACUAAAAGUAUAGUAUACAGUUUACCAUUACCCACAUCAAAUGCAUCAGCCAUUGAAUCAGGCACAGCACACGUUACCCCACCGUCAUAUUCAAGUGAGAUCCACAGCUCAAGCGUUGGGACACUUCUGUUCUCGUCAGCGGAGGCUGAUACCACAGUCGUUCGAGUGUCAACAUCUAUAUCGUUGUUAGUCAACACAACUCUUUUCUUAAAGUCUUUAACUUCAAGUGCAUAUAAUACUGCAUUCAUCACUUCAAACAGAAGUAUCGAAGGUAGUGCUACCUCUUCACAUGACAUGAGUUCAAGCCCAUCGAUGGUAAAUGCUUCCACAACACGCGGUGUCUCGCAAGUGUCAACGGUGCCAACAGUGACCCGUGUGAACUUAACAACAGAAGUCACACAAGGCAGCUUUAGCUUCUCCAGUCACUUAGCACAAGGAAGCUUAUUGUCUCCUUCGAGAAGUUCAACAAUCACGACACUUCCAAUUAGUAGUGCUAAAUCAAUGACCUCACUAAAUGGUACACAAACUGUCACGCGAGAUCUAUCGUCUGUGACACCAGCAGUAACGUAUGCUGUUUCGAAAUCCACACCCGAGACCUUGUUGAAAACUAGCACAACGGAAAAACAGUUCACAACGGUUGUCACAUCGAUGUUUAGUGACUCGCUCGGUUUUAAAUCCAUUCGGUCCACGGUGACUUUAUUAGCUACCUAUUUAACUUCAGAUGCUUCUGUUGUCGUACCGACAUCCACGCUGCUUAUUCAGCCAAGCAGUAGCUACGGGUUAACAACGUCAACCGCACAACUGCAAACCAAGACAACGACUGAGAGUAAAUACGUCUUAUCUUCUACCUAUUUAGGUUCAGUUUUAACAACAGAAUCGUCCAUCUCCACUGCGAUUCCUGGGACACACUCUCUCAGCUUGGCGGUGACCACAGAUGUCGUAGAAUCAAGCCUCACUGAUACUAUGGUUCGUCACUCUGUGAAUUCCUUGUUAACCUCAAAGAGCAGUUUUAUUUCAGUUCAGGGUACAUCUUAUCAUUCCCCUGCUACUACUAUCAAAGUGUCUUCAGAAAAGGACUUCAUCACUUUAUCUCCUAUGACUACAAGUAGUGUCAGUAAGCAAGUAUUGUUCACAAGUGCUGAAGUUUUGUCAUCGACCGAGACUUUCAUUACUUCAAGACGUGUAACACUCGGCUCAGCUUCAAUAACCGCGACGGAUAGUAGUUUGGAGACGUUGCCGCCAAUGUCUGUAAGAGGUUCGAUGUCUUCCCCUAUGAGGGACACAAGCACUUCAAAGAAAUCUUCCAUUGCCACCUCGCUUCCCCAAGGCUCCUUCUCGGACCUUUCAUCUCCAAUUCAGGGAGCAUCCUCUCUUAAGAUCGCCACAACAAGGAGAAUCACAACGUUAAUCACGAAGAUGGAAACUACGACAACGAAGAGUUUAAUCACCUCUGAAAAAAAUGCGAAAGCCACUUUAGUGACAGAGACCCCGGCAAGUUCGCUUUCCUCAAGUUUAAAAACACCAGCACUGUCAACGGCUGGACUUUUGAAGAGUACCAUACAGAAGAAAACAUCAAUUACACCAGACGGAAGCUAUUCACCCUCAAAAACUGUUUUGAUUUCCGCAAGUUCAACCACAGAGUUGCCCACUGAACCUGUUCGCCCUACUGCCAAUGCCAAUGAUACUGAAGGGCUUGUUGGUAUUCAGAUACUUGUUCCAAAGAACGAGGAUGAAAAUGUUGACUCCUUCCGCGAGAAAAUCGAAUCACGACUUGCAGAGGCUUUCAGGUGGGGUCAGCGUAAAGGAAGUCAGCGAAAAAGGAGGGACCUGCAACACUUUGACAAGCCUCGUCGUGUUCACUUUAACGCCAGAACUGAUUUUCAGUUGAGAAAGAGAGGGAAUUCGUUUCAAUUGGACAAUGAACGAGGAAAACGGUUUAGGAGAGAAGUUGAUAACAUUACUGUAUUGGUGGAAACCAUAAGAAGAGCGGAAGCAAUUGUAGGAGAGGAACUCGUCGACAUAGAAUACCGAGUUUUCAAUGGCCCCACUAUGUUAUCUGCGGAAAGUGUUGUGGAGACAAUGAACAGACUAAGCGAAGCUGAGAUGGUUUCCACUCUGGAAUAUGGGGUCACGUUACGACCUUAUGUAAUUAAAAAGACACAGACUGCAGUGCCUACAGUACCACCUACUAAAGCCGACUUAGACUGGGCCACUAUCAUUCCUGCUAUUGCUGUUUCUUCAGCAGUUCUGCUGUUUCUUUUAUGUGCCUGUCUAUGGGUCAGGUGUGCUGGAAGAAAGAAAAGACAGCAGAAAAAAGUAAAUCCUUUUAAGCCGAAGGAGGCUUCAUACGAAAACCUUGAAGUAAAGGUCCAGGCUUCUCACGAUCCGAAUCCUCACAAAAAUCUCUACAGCGCUCCAAACGUGAAAAGACCAAGUUCAAGCAGCAGUGAAGAUUCGAUAAAAGGCCCCAAACUUCCUGAUACGGAUUACUCUCCAUAUGUUACUCUAACCAAACCUAAUCAGUGGCACAGAAGAAAGACCGUCAGAGAUACCUCCAAGGAAGUUACAGUGUCAAACGGACACGUCAAAAGAGAAAACCAUGUUAAGCGUUCAAAAGAUACCCACGAAACAAUAGAGAUGGAGCAAUUAGCAGGAGUGAUAGAGAACAUUCCACAGUUCAGAGAUGAGAAGCUUCUGUACGGCAGUCAUGGUCGCCAAGAAAAGUCUUUACGUUACACGCAACUUCCUCCUCUCGUGAAGACACCUUUGGUUGGAAAGGAUCCCUCUGAUCCAGAGAAAUUAACAGAGCUAAAAAAAGAAAAGCAAAGAAUCAUUGAUGAAUCAGGAGUACCGCAGGCAAACGUAGAAAGAUGGAGAAAUAAAAUGCUGCAUCGAGAGAAACUCCGUCAAGACAUGAGGGAAAAAGAACGAGAAAAGGAUAAAAAGUUGAAGAGACUGGAAAAAGAAGAAAGACUGGAACCGGAUAAAGAAAACUCAGAGGACCGUCCAACAACACCUCGAAGUCUUACAGCAGAACGUAAGCGAAGAUCUCGUGUAGACCGUUGGCGAAAAAACAAAGUUGGAACCUCAAGCUCGAAGGGCACGAGCAGUAGCAGCAGCAGCAGUAGUGAUUCAGAGGAAAAGAAGAAAGACGAGAAAGCCGAAGAAAAAAAGAGGAAACAGAAGGAAAAAGAGAAAAGAAGGAAAGCAAAGGUGCCGCCUCUCGCGAUUGGCCAAGCUGCUCGAGAGGCAGCACGAGAAACAGCUUGGACAAUCAGAGAAACUCCUGGUGUUCGCCUCGUGUCUGUCAGGCCGCACAAUGAGGGAUGGCAACCACAAGCACCUGAGUCCACGCCCACGCCGGUGUAUGAAGUGCCUCAGACACAUCAGGUUUCGCCCCGCCGUCAGCAAAGAGAUCGAGUCCAUUAUCUGCUGGAAACAGGGUACCCAGUCUGGCCCCUGAUGACAACUCCUCUUGUACAACCCGAAUAUCCAGAGGAAGAGGUUCAGUACGAGGAUAUGGAAGGUUUGGAUCCAUAUAUUCCUCAGUAUGAUCAAGAAAUACAUGUUAAUGGAGACACCAUCCCAAGCUUUCGCCCACCAGAACCACGGGAAGCCUUUGGUGACUCAAACUUUUACGACGACGAAGAACACAUUUACACAGAACCAAAUUUAACUCCUGCGUCACUUCCCCAUACACGCCUUGUGAACCCUCGUCAAAAUCAAACACGUCCACUGAUUCCUACACAGUAUGCGCAUGGAUAUGUGGCAAGGCCGGCAGUGUCUAGAGGCCGUCCAACGUCCGCUUCACAACAACCCGGAGCUUCCAGGUCUGUUGGAUUAGGAAGGCCAACUUCCGCAAGGACAGACCCUGCAAUGCCUCGUUAUACACCUUCACCACUGCGCUCGUCGCCGCCCAAUCGCAAUGUGGUUUUGUUACCGGGUUCCAGAUACUUGCCAGGUAAUCGUCCUACAGUCGCCAACGCAGCUCAACCCAGCAUUGGUACGUCUCCGCGUUACAUGGUUGAUCCUGAACGGAGACAGGAACCUCCCAGCUCCUUCGACAGUGCGCGUAUGAUCCUAGCUAGAGCUAAAUCGAACCUCGACCGUUUCGAAGAAGACAGUAGAAUCAACGACUCACGUGAAACCGGUCCACCACCUACUUCGGAGCCUGUACAUUCCACACCGCAAAAGAAGAUACAGCCUCACGCUCAACCAUUCAGAGGGCAAAGUCGAUUUCCAUCGCAGCAGGAAGUUCAUCCUAUUCGUAACUCCCGAAUGGAGGUGUCUGCAAGGGAACGUGCUGAGCUGGAGGCGCAACUGCUGGUGUCUCGCGCUUUAGCUCGGGCCAGAGCAAACAAAAUGACGACUGCAAAACAACAAGGAAGCACCUUAAAUAUGCUUGAUCUUGUCAAAAAACGUAUCACCCAUCAUGCAGUCAAACCGAAAUACAAGAAAAAGACCAACAAAGAUAGCAGUAGCAGCAGUUCAAGUAGUUCGGUAGAGUCUAAAAAGAAAGACAGCAAAUCUAAAGAUAAAAUGAAAAAGAAGUCAUUCGACAAACAAGCCAUUGUGCGACCUCUUCCGUCUACGCCUCCUGGUGCUCAAACAAAGAUUUGUCUAUAGUUACAGAAUAUCCACCUAUGAUAGAUAAGAUAAAGAAUAUAAUGCUAAGUUUAGAGAAAAAUGGAUAUUAUGAGGCAAAAAUAUAAUUAUUAUAGACUAGCUAUUUGUUUAUACAUUACGUCGUUCAUCUGUUGGCUUCUAGCUUUGUGCCUCUAGUUUGAAAAAUCGAUCAUGGAUAAAAGUUCUAUCUUCCAUCUCCUGCACCCUUAAAGGAAAGCUAAAAGGGUGUUAACCUGUGUUUUGUUAUUGUUGUUGUUUUUUUCUCAAUGUCCGUGCUCGUUCUGAAAACAACUUUUACAGCGGCUUCCUCUGUUAAGUUACCCUCUUCCCCUACAGGAAAGAGUUGUAGCAAAUGCGGUCUUUGGCAGAGAGGUGAAUUGUGGAGUAUAGACUAUUAAAUAUUUACCCUUGACUGCA